AUGUUCGUCAGCGGUGCGAUCGAAAUGGAUCGGGAAGCAAAAUCCAAUGUUCUAAUCAUCGGUUUGGGAGCAGGUUAUCUGAACACCUAUCUUCAUAGCACGUAUCCCAAGAUGAAUAUUACUGUGUUAGAGAUAGAACCAAAAAUGGUUGAGAUUGCUCAGAAAUGGUUUGAUCUAGUGCUGGACGAUUUGCAGCGGGUGAUUACGAUGGAUGGUGUUGAGUUUCUCAAAGAGGCUGCAAAAGAAGGUGGGGCAUAUUGA